AUGCCACUGUUAUCUGGAACUAUUACGAAAGCGCCGGCAGGAAGGUCUUCUCUACGUGCCAAAACUUCGGAAUAUGGCCACAACACUAGUGCUAGAUUUAUUAUCAACACAACCACUUCUAGUAUAACCACCUCCACCAUCACUAAAACCAGCACCAAUAUCACCCAAAAACCUCAAAUGUUGACCACUUCUGGUCCAAAGUCUAUAGGUGGUCAUGCUUUAGAAACAUGCAAUGCAACAAGCAAUUUAUACAAUGACAGUACAACAUUAACAAGACCAAAGAAAACAAUUGCAAUCAAUGACAUACAGCAACAACCACAAGAUAUUGCAGAUUAUCCAAUUACCCCCUUUUCGACUGGCUCAACUGACUCGACCUUUACAGCAACAAUAUCCCAAACAACAACAAAAUCUACACCACAAAUGCCAAGAAUCUUAAAACCAAUUUUAAAAACUAAAAUAAUUAAUGUUAAACCAGUACCAACAGAAACUUUGGAUGAAAAUACCAUAAGCGAAUCUAGUUCAUCCCAAAUAUCAUCUUACGUACCAGUUUAUAAUACCAAAACCGUAGUGCCUACUAAAACUCGAACACUUUCCAAUAAUUAUGAAAAUAUGGAAAUACAAUCAUUGGAUAACGAAAACUGCACAACAAUAGAGGAUUUGGAGAGUAUUGAAAGUGAAACAGAAGCUAUACAAGAUGACGAGGCUACUCCCAUGCUAAUGAGUCUAAAACGUUUUAAAGAAAGGGAGGAAAAACGCCUUAAACUACAAUUAAACUUAGUGGAGAUACAAACCAACGAAGAUGAACUAAUUACGCCCACUCAGGAAACCAUUGAUAGCCAACGAGAGGAAAACACGCAACGUAAGCUAGAGGAAGAAGAAGAUGAUGAAGAUACCACUUGUGAAUAUACCGAUGAUGACUUAGAUGAAGCUCUAGCCGAGGAAGCUGAUGUAGAUGAAAAUACUACUAUAGACACCAAACAAAUUGAACAUGACUUAGCUAAUGACAAGGAACUUUCCAAGAUAUACGAAAAUGAACCCUUGACACCACUAGAAAACCAGCUCAAUUUCGACGAGUCACAUUAUUUGCCCAUGACUCCCAAGAAAAUAGAAUCAGAUCAGUCAGGCAACACUGGAGGAACUUUAACAUUAGUUUCUAUGCUAGACUCCACCAAUGAAGAAGAGGAAAACCAUUAUGUAGAAAUGACAAAACAAUUACUGGAUGAAGAUUCCAAAAACAAUUACGAAAUUAUGUGCCUUAAUAAUUCGUCCAAUGAGGCUGGCUGUAAGCCAAAGCAAUUUAAAAUUAUGAAUGAACCUUUAUACAUGGAAUUGCAAGGUGGAAAUCCGGCUCAAAAACUAGCCGAAACCAAAGACGAAAAUCUGUUUGCAAUGAGUAAAACGUCAACAUUAAAAAAAUCCAAAAAAUCAUCCGAUACCUUGAAAAAGAAAGCGAAAAAAUCCCAGCAAGAUCGGAAUCAACAUAAGCGUAAAGAUUUACCGGAUAUUUUGAAGCCACCACAAAAUUCGAUGGUCUUAAACUCGGACAGUUCGGAUGCUGAUGAUGAGUCCUCCAAACAUAUGGAUUCGAAAAAAAUGAGAUCUCGUACUAGAUUUAGUUUGUCAGAUACUUUCAGACCAGCUUCUUACUAUCUGGGAGCUUCUACGCCUCUCAAUAAUUGUAUAGAAAGUUCUGACAGUGAAAUUGUAUCACCUCCACCCAUACCCAACUCACCGCCACCCAUGGAAGAAUUAAAAACAGAGGAAAUAUUUUCAGCCGAAAACUAUGACACUGUUAAGCGUAGGGACAGUUCUUCAGGCAGUAAAUUCAAUAUUUCCUAUGAGCAACUACCAAAAAUACACGCCAGUAAUACGUCUCUUAAUUUUGCUAAGAAUGAGGCUGCUCUGAAAUCAAGUCGUCUUUCAUUGCCCGAUCAAUUUAGUAAAGCCAAAAAUCUUAAAACACCACCACAUUUGCUGCUGUUAAAACAACAUGAGCGAACAUUAUCCGAUUCAAAUUAUAGUUUCCAAACCGAUAACAGCUCAAAUAAUUCAUCCGAUUUUGAUCUCUAUAAUAAAUUGAAGCAGAACUCUCCUUCCUAUAUAGCCACACCCAUACUUUACCAAUCGAAUUCAUCGCUGAGUUUAAGUCAGCAAAAAACUUCCUUACCAGGCACAGGAAAUAAUAGUGAAUCAGAUACCGUAGAGCUAAGACAUAGACAGGGAUCGGACUCUGAAUUGGAUAGACAAAGAUCGCGAAGACCACUUUCGGAGGAAUCCAUUAGUGAAAUAGAAUCGUUGAGUGAAAAAUUUGAAGAUGCUUUGGAGACGGCAGACUUGGAUACUUAUCUUAACGAUUUACAAACUAGUGAUUUGUAUCUCUAUCAAAAUACUAAAUUUGAAACAUCUGCCACAGCAAUUUUAACAGAUGCUGCAGCUGCUCAAGGUGCUGGUAUUCUAACAAAUCUUAUAAAGCCUCCUAAGAUAUUUCGCAAUCAAGAUGAUGAACAUUUCUAUGGUAAUAUACAUUUCGUAUCGUCCACUGAUUCUCUGCAGAAACUAGAAGGGCCGAAUGACCAAUUCGAUGUUAUGGGAGCCACCAGUUUAACACCUACUAGAUAUAUGACACCUUUGCAUAGUCGCAAUAACAGUAAUAUAUCGGAACAAUCAGCUCCUUAUUACUACUCGGAGUUAAGCAGCAGCAGGGAAUUGCUGUCUACUCCCACCACUUUAAACAAUCAAAGAGACAUUCACGCCCAAGGUUCCAAUAUAGAUCAUAUUCAUAAUCCCAUAGAAAGAGCCCAUAACAUCAACAUGGAAAUAUUAGCCGAUAAAGAUCAAGCUAUAGAUAGUAAAAAUUUAUAUAAAAUGAAGACAAAUAUUGAAAAAUUAAGUUAUAGUUCGGGCAAAAACUUGAAAGCGGGUGAACCAUUCCAUCAUAGUUCCUCCAAUCCAUCUACAUCAUUCGCCGCACAAACAUUUCAUAUACAACAAAUACAAAAUCCUGCCUAUAAAAUAAAUAAUUAUAAGAUUAAUUUAAGACAUCAGCAAACAUUAAGUACAAUAUAUGGGACUAACCCCAAUUCACAGUCCAUAACACAUCCAGCCAUAGCGAAUUCACCAGCCUCAGUGGUGGUCAACACUACCGCCUCAUCAACAUCAUCUUCACCUUCAACUACAAUUACAACCUCUACACACACUAGUAAUAAAGUUGAUGUAAACGCUAAAAAUAUAAAUUUACAAAUGGGUAACAAUGCUUUGGUGGCACAAAAUUCUUUAGCUGCUGCAAAUAUUUCUAAAUUAAAUGAGACACAAAAACCAUCAAAUAAUUUGGAUACAUCUACAGUUCUAGGUGGACCUGUAAGUGGUGAAUUACUAUGGGAAGAAGAUACUCUGUGGCGGGAGAGUCUAAGAAGAGUAUCUCAGAGACAUGCACGUUCUCUGGACGAUCUAGAUCGCAUAAAUGUUAGUCCGGCACGAAUGACUACUCUUAAUCGAUGUCAUAUACCUACGCCGGAGGCAAAUAGAAAACCUCGUCUAUCACGCGAUGUAACUUAUGUUAACGAUAAUGUCUCACAACACUUGAGAUCAAGUUUUAAAUUACGCCAUUCGAAAUCGAGUUCACACAGCACCUACGAUGAGGUAUGUGACGACCAAUCGAUUAAUGAAGAAUCUCAGGUCUUAACUAAUGAUCAUGAUGUUUAUGUACAGCUUACAGCAAAUAUUCUCUCUCCAGACGAUCUUAAUUGCGAUCUAUACGAAGUGUUGCGCGAAGAAACAUCUUCCAAUAUAUCGUCUACCAAAUCAACUGAAAUUGAUCGAGAAACAAUACGACAAUGGGAUUCAAUGUCAAGUGGUUUGAUGAAAAACUCCGUUAUGCCUACAAGUUUAGAUCAAAGCCUCGCCACCGGCAGUAAUGUUAAGUCAAUUAUCGAUCAAUUGAAUUCAAAUUGUGAUAACAAUGACAAUCCCAAUAUUAUGGGCGAAAACAAAUGAGUGCAGAUGUGAUUACAGCAUUAAAACUCUGUGAUAAAACGCUUUGAGUACAACCUUAAAACAAAACAACGAAAAACUUCCAUAUGAAAGCUUUAAUCGAUUUCAUUCGAAAUACAAUUAGCUGUA